AUGUCGCAUAAUUUUAUAUCUAAAGUAACUGAAGCGCUUGGACAAUUACUUGUAACAGAAACGGAUUAUAAUGUUAUUGUUCACAUUGGAAAAGAACCUAAUUCAAAAGAAUUUCAUGCGCAUUCUAUUAUCUUACGCUGUAGGUCCGAAUAUUUCAAUAACCUGUUUUCUACAAAAAAUAUUGAAGAAAGUGAUGGAAAAUAUAUAAUUAAGAGACCAAAUAUUUCUCCUCAAGCUUUUGACAUUAUUCUUAAGUACUUUUAUACCGGUAAAAUUAACAUUACUAACGAAACUGGAACCGAACUUUUAGAUCUUAUGAUUGCUUCUGAUGAAUGUAUGUUGGAAAAAUUAUCUAAACUUACCGAAGACUUUAUUGUUAAAGAACAACAACAAUUUUUGCAAAAUGACCCAGUCGGAAUUCUUCAAAUUAUUUAUUGUCGUAAAACAUUUGUUGAGUUGCAAAAAUAUUGUUUGGAUAGAAUCUGUUCUGAUUCAAAUAAUUUAUUCGAAUCUGAUAAAUUCACUCAAUUACCUGCUCCUUUAUUGGAAAUUAUUUUAAAGCGUGAUGACUUGAAAUUAGAAGAAAUUGAAAUUUGGGAUAAUUUAAUCAAAUGGGGAUUGGCGCAAGAACAAACUCUUAAUAAAAACGUCACUAGAUGGAACCAAAAUGAUAUUAAUACCUUUAAAAAGAUUCUUGACAAAUUUAUUCCUUUAAUUAGAUUUUACGAUAUAUCCGCUAGAGAUUACUUCAAUAAAGUUAAACCCUACGAAGAAAUUUUACCUAAAGAAUUAAGAGAUGAUAUUUUAAAAUCUUAUAUGAUUUCUGAAUACAAACCUAUAUAUACGCCAAGACAUCUUUAUAUUGACUCCAUUAUGAUCAAUCGGAAACAGCUUACAAUUUUUGCAAAUUGGAUUGAUAAAAUGAAAGAAAACGUCACAUAUAUUAAUGAUAUUCCUUAUAAAUUUAAUCUUUUAUAUAGAGCUAGCAGAGAUGGAAAUACAGCUGCAGCAUUUCACGCUAAAUGUGAUGAUAAAGGAGCUACUAUAGUUGUAGUAAAAAUUACUAAUUCAGAACAAAUAGUUGGAGGAUAUAAUCCACUUAAAUGGGAUUCAAGUAAUAGUAGAAAGCAAACAAAUGAUAGUUUUAUUUUUUCAUUUUCAUAUAGAAGUAACCUUCAGACUGCAAAUGUAGUUUACAGUCAAAAUAAUGAUCAUUCUAUUCAAUGUUAUUCAUAUUGUGGUCCAGUAUUUGGUUUAAAUGAUUUAUAUAUAAAUUAUGAUGAUGAUCCUUACAAUUGGUACCAUGAUGGAUCAUCAUCUUAUCCUACAAUUAACAUACCGAACUGUACAAAUGUAGAUGAUUAUGAAGUAUUUCAGGUUAUUAAAAUAUAA